AUGGCUUCCUAUCCCCCUGGACAGUGCUGCGCCGCCACCGGCUUCAAGCACGAGGGCACACCUACUGGCGAAGACAUCAAGAUCGACGCCGGAAAGAUCGCAGCCUAUGUGGCCAAGCCCGCCGCUGACAAGAACAAAGCUGGCGCUGGCAUCAUCUUGAUCCCCGACAUCUUUGCCAUCUCCAACAACAGCAAGCUCCUCGCAGACCAGUUCGCAGGCGCCGGCUACACGACCUUGAUUCCCGACAUCUUCAACGGCGACGAGGUCUUUGAUUGGGGCAAGUAUGAUGUCAUGAAGUACAUUACCGAGGGCGCCCACGGCAACAACCCGCACACGCCCGAGUAUGUAGACGCCAUCGUCGUCGCCGGCAUCAAGGCCCUGAAGGAAGACUUUGCCAUCACCAAGGUUGGCGGCGUGGGAUACUGCUUCGGCGGCAAGUACGUCGUUCGUCACUACAAGAGCGGCAUCAACGUCGGCUACACGGCCCACCCCAGCUUCAUCGAGGAGACGGAGCUCGCUGCCAUCACUGGGCCUUUCGCCAUCUCUGCUGCUGAGACGGACACCAUCUUUCCUGCCGAAAAGCGCCACCAGAGUGAGGUGAUUCUGAAGGAGACUGGUCAGCCCUACCAAAUCAACCUCUUCUCCGGCGUUGAGCAUGGGUUUGCCACCCGCGGCGACAUGAGCAUCAAGCACCUGCGGUUUGCCAAAGAGCAGGCCUUCCAGCAGGCCGCCGCCUGGUUCGACUACUUCCUCUUGUGA